GAGACCGGCACGUGACGUGGGUGAUCAACAACAACAGUCAGCUGGUGCCGGGGUGACAAGGGAGAGUUUGAAAGUGAUUCAAGGGAAGAUGGAAUCAUAACUUUUCAGCUUUACGUCGACACGUUAUCGGGAGAGUUUGGCGGAGGAGCAGCUUUUCGUUUAGAGAGUGUUCUGAGUUUUCCUGAGUAGAAAAUGAGCAUCAAUACAGACACAAACACAAGCUUACAUGAUGAAUGCACCGCCGGGGACACAGAACGAAGCGAAACGACACCUUUAUUAGGAAAUGGAUCAUCAGCACAGACUAGAACCAAAGGAGCCUCCUUCGCCUCCUCUGUGUUUAAUCUGAUGAAUGCCAUCAUGGGCAGCGGCAUACUGGGUCUAGCUUACGCUAUGGCAAGCACUGGAAUAGUUGGUUUUUGUAUCCUGUUGGUAGCAGUAUCCAGCCUGGCAGCAUACUCUAUCCAUCUCCUCCUGAAGUUAUGUGACCAAACAGGCAUAAAUUCAUAUGAAGAACUUGGAGGGAGAGCCUUGCAAAAACCAGGAAAGGUUCUGGUUGCAAUCACUAUUCUCAUCCAAAACAUUGGUGCCAUGUCAUCCUAUCUGUUCAUCUUGAAGUCGGAGCUCCCUGCAGCCAUCAACAGCUUCUUGAGCUCACACGGCACAGGAGAUGCCUGGUAUCAAGAUGGCAGGCUGCUUCUGAUCAUUGUCACUCUUUGUAUCGUUCUGCCUUUGUCGAUGUCACCUAAAAUAGGCUUCUUGGGCUACACCAGUAGUAUUGCCUUCUUCUUCAUGCUCUACUUUGCAGUCGUGGUUGUGGUUAAGAAAUGGUCCAUCCCCUGCCCGCUGCCUCACAACAUAACCACACCUCCAGACACCUUCCAGACCUCAAAUUCCUCUAGCUCUGAAUGCACACCAAAGCUGUUUGUCAUCUCCAGCAAGAGUGCCUACGCCAUCCCCACCAUGGCUUUCUCAUUCCUGUGCCACACAGCCAUCCUGCCAAUCUACUGCGAACUGGACAGACCCUCUAAGAAGAGGAUGCAGAAUGUAACAAAUGUCAGCAUCAGCCUCAGCCUCCUGUUCUACCUCAUCUCUGCAGUGUUCGGCUACCUCACCUUCUACGCUCAUGUGGACUCUGAACUGUUACUCAGCUACGACACGUAUCUGCGUCAUGACAUCAUGGUAAUGACAGUCCGACUGGCCAUCCUGCUCUCAGUGCUGCUGACUGUGCCACUUAUUCACUUCCCUGCACGUAAAGCUGUGAUUUUGCUCCUGCGUGGAGAUCAACCCUUCUCCUGGCUGACCCACAUCAUCGUAACCUCCAUGAUCUUGGCCGUGGUGCUAUUGAUGGCCAUCUUUGUGCCGGAUAUCAGACAUGUGUUUGGGGUAGUGGGAUCAACCACAUCCAGCUGCCUGCUGUUCGUCUUCCCCGGCAUCUUCUACCUCAAGAUCAGCGGCCAACCCCUUAAAACCUUUGACUCUAUCGGGGCUCUAUUCCUGGUGGUCUUUGGUCUAAUUAUGGGAAUCAUCAGCCUCUCUGUCAUCGUUAUCACAUUGGCACAGAGCUCCUGACAUCUCCCAAACCCCGACCACUUUCCCUGAUCCAGAGCAAGAGCAAAGAAAAGGGAAAAGCGUGCCAAAGAAACUCAAUACUGGAUAAAGAAAGGAAACAGACAGAUUGUAAUCAGCAUCUCCUCAGGCAGAUUAUUUAAGGGAAAUUUGUUCUCGAAACUAAAAGGUUUUUUUUGCUUUCCUAUGUUUUUUUGUAACUCACUAAUGGACCAAAAUUUGCACAAAUGAGCCGACGGGGAAACAAGGACUUUUCACUGAUGUUUACUCACAUGUAUUUGGGACUUUGCACACUUAUUGUUUUGAGUUUUUUUGUCUUUCUUUUUUCUGCCUGGAAAGAAAGAGUUGAGGUUUACUGUAACAGAACAAUGCAAGACCGCUUUAAGCAAGAUGUCCAUUUCCUUUCCUUUAUUCUGUUUUUAAAUCACGUUCUGUUUUUACUUUCCGACAGACCUUUUACUGUCAUGUGUGGACGAUCAUGCACUUUAUGUAAACAAAUCUGCAAUCUGACCAGGUCUGAAUCCUACAUUUGUCAGGUUUACACUUUCUCAAAUCAAGUUUGUGAAAUCUUCACACUUUGCAGAUUCUGUAACAGAUUGGACUUUUAGAUUAAGGAGCCAAGUGUUUUUUUUUAUUUUAAUUUUAAACUUGUUUUUAUUAUCCAAACCAUGCAGUGAUUUUCGUCACCACUUACAGUCUGAACCUUGGCUAUUAGUGUUACUGCUGCUACUUGUAUUCUUGAGCUUUAAUGAAUGUGACAACACGGACCAGUCAGGUCACAGAUUUUAAAAACUGAUCAUGCUUUGUUUGGACCACUUAAUUACAAUGUACCUCAUGUGGUUGUGUUAUGAGAACUGUACGGUGCUCAUGACCUCCGGUAGUAAUAAAAGGGAUAUUCUUUAUAUACA